GGACGGCGGCGCCAGCGCCAGCGGCGACUCUUCCAAGAGAAGCGGGAGUGACGUUUCCGCGGUGCUUCUCUCGUUCGGCGAGAACAGGCGAAGAACUGACCCCCAUUUCUUCUCUAGGGCCGGCAUGGAACGGCUGGACCAAUAGGCGCUGCUCCUUCAAGGUUCCAGAAUUGGGCCGGGCCCACCUCCUCCGUUACUUAGCUGCAGCUGCAGCUGCUCCUCCUUCUCCUUCUCUUCAGGACCCCACGCCGGUACCAGGUUCCCUCCCCGCCUCGUGGGAAUGGUCCCUUGCUGCCUUGAUCCCCAAGAGUGCUGUGCGGGUUAAAGAGGCCCCUUGGGAUCUUCCUGGGUGGGCAGGACCCUGGUUCUCCACCCCGGAAUCCCCGCACCUUCCGAGUGCGCUUCUUCGGUGCUUGCUGUCCUCCCGCUUUUGUCCCCUUAAUUUAGCCUCCUCCGUUUUUUGUCAGGGUCUUGUCCCCUCGGCCGGUGCCAUGCGCUUCUCUUCGCUUCUGUCGCUCCUGCGUCCCGUGGGGCCUGUGGUGGUUGGGGUGUCUCUAGGUUUCACGCUUAGCCUGCUCAGUGUAACCUGGGUGGAAGAGCCGUGUGGGCCCGGCCGUGGCAGCCUUCGUGAUGGGGGCCUGGAGCAGCAUCAGCAUCAAGGAGGGCAGGGCAACGCUGCCCGCAAACCGAAUUCUGUCUCUGGGGGGCUAGGCACAGAGCCUGAACAGAGCUGGGAGCCCCACGUUCUGCCCUACAAGCCUCUGAACUCAGGGAAGGCAGCCAAAAAAACCAUCAGGACCCGAUACAUCAGCACAGAGCUGGGUAUGCGACAGCGUCUCUUUGUGGGUGUGCUGACCUCAAAGAACACGUUGAACUCACUGGCAGUGGCAGUGAAUCGCACACUAGGCCACCGGCUGGAGCGCCUGAUCUACUUCACAGGCACCCGGGGGCGCAAGGUGCCCCAUGGCAUGAUGGUGGUCACGCAUGGAGAUGAGAGGCCCAUCUGGAACAUGUACCAGACUGUCAAAUACGUGAUAGACCAUUACCUGUCUGACUUUGAUUGGGUGUUCCUGGUGCAGGAUGAUACGUACGUCGAGGCCCAUCGGGUGAACCGCUUGGCCUCUCACCUCAGCAUCGACACUCUGCUCUACAUGGGCCGGCCAGAGGAGUUCAUUGGCGGGGACACUCAGGGACACUACUGCUACGGUGGCUUUGGUUACCUCCUUUCCCGAGCUCUACUCCUGCGUUUGCAGCCUCACUUGGAAAGCUGCCGGAAUGAUAUCUUGAGCGCACGCCCUGAUGAGUGGCUGGGCCGCUGUAUCAUUGACUACACAGGAGUAGACUGUGUGGCGGAGCAGGAGGGCUUACGCUACCAUUACUUUGAGCUUGGGAAGAACACAGACCCUGAGAAGGAGAGUGACCCACAAUUCAACGCUGCAUUCACUGUUCAUCCAGUGCUGGACCCUCUCCAGAUGUAUCGGCUGCACAAACACUUCGCUCGUGUAGAGCUGGAGCACACUUACCAAGAGAUCCAGCAGCUACAGCUGGAGAUCCAGAAUACCAGCAGCCUUUCUGCAGAUGGGGACCUGAGUAGCACAUGGCCUGUAGGCAUUCCUCCACCUUUCCAGCCAAAGACCCGUUUUGAGGUGCUUCGCUGGGACUACUUCACUGAAGAGGCAGCUUUUGCCUGUAUGGAUGGGGCCCCCAAGUGUGAGCUCCAAGGUGCAGAUUCAGCUGAUGUAGCAGACGUGGUUGCUGCAGCAGUGGAAGAGCUGAACCGCCGAUACCAGCCAGUGCUACACGUGCACAAGCAUCAGCUACUGAAUGGCUACCGUCGUUUCGACCCUACCCGGGGCAUGGAGUACACGUUGGAUCUGCAGUUGGAGGUCAUGACCCAGAAGGGGCAUAGCCGUUCUGUGGUCAAACGUGUGCACCUGUUGCGCCCGCUUAGCGAGGUAGAGAUCAUCCCCAUGCCCUAUGUAACAGAAGCUAGCCGUGUCAAUGUCAUCUUGCCCCUGACGGCCUCAGAAAAAGACUUUGCUGCUCAUUUCCUUGAAGUCUAUGCUGCAGCGGCUUUUGAGAAUUCUGAGAAUGCCGUGUUGACCUUCCUCUUCAUCUACGAUCCUUUUGAAGCCCAGAAGGUGGCUCAGAAUGAUGUUUUUGGGGCCGUGAAAGCACACAUCACAGAAUAUGAGCGGCGCCACCCUCAGGUGAAGAUUCCUUGGAUUAGUGUCAAGACAGAUGUGCCCUCCCAGAUUAAGGUGAUGGACAUCAUCUCAAAGAAGCAUCCAGUAGAUACACUCUUCUUCGUGGCCGGGGUGAGUACUGAAGUCACCACUGAGUUCCUCAACCGGUGCCGCAUGAACACUAUCAACAGCUGGCAGGUCUUCUUCCCCAUCCAUUUUCAGGGCUACAACCCCAUAAUUGCUUUCCACAACCAGCCACCCCCACUUUCUGGUUUAGACCUGGUGCGUGAUGCUGGCCAUUUUGACCGUGAUGCUUUCAAUGAAGCUUGCUUUUACAAUGCUGACUACAUGGCGGCACGCACCCGGAUGGCAGCUGAUGCCCAGGACAAUGAGGACCUCCUGGAGACCAUGGACAUCUAUGACCUUUUUGUCAAAUAUUCCAAUCUGCAUGUCUUCCGUGCAGUCGAGCCUGCCCUCCUGCAGCCCUUCCGGCCCCAUGUCUGCAACCCCCGGCUGAGCGAGGAGCAGUAUCACCGCUGUGUGCAGAGCAGCUUGGAGGGCCUGGGCUCCCGGUCCCAACUGGCCAUGGUGCUCUUUGAGCAGGAGCAGGGCAAUAGUACAUGAGGCCAAGCUCUCCCCUGCCUCUUUCAGCACAUCCGCUCCCCUACAUUCACUUCCCGAAAUGGCAGAGGAGAGCCGAAUGUGACUGCUUAGGCUCUGGACCUUGGGUGCCCUUCUGGCUGGCUUUACGGGUGGCCCUGGGGACAGCGGAAGAGAAUGGAAGUGGAUGCUGUCUGUUCCACCCUGGGGCUCUCUUGCUCUUGUUUGUCUAGCAGAAGCUCACCCUCUCUCCCAGGCCCGGAGGGCUGCCAGGUUCCGGACUCCAGUCCCUGCCUGGGGGCCGCCAGGACAGCUAGAAGAAGGGUUUUCAGAAGCAUCAGCCAAGGUGGGGUGUGUUGACGUGGAGGAGACUGGGUGGCUGGCUGGAGGGACAGCUGGGGAAGCAGUGCUGGCCAGCCCCUCAGGAUUGCUCAGUUUGGGGAGGAUGCAAAUGAACCCUCUGGACUUCAGUUUGUGGUUGCUCAUUAAGUAGGUGGGAGGGCCGAGGGGUUCCUGUUGUAUUUUUUUUUGUCCUGUGAACUCUUCACGGCAACCAUGACUCGGGCUGCUUUAGCCGCUGCUUAGGAUCAAAGGGGAAAGGGAACAAUCACAGCUCUUGCGAGGAGAGCCCAGCUGCCCCUUCGGUCAGGCUGGCUCUGGCCCUGAGGGGACAAGCCCCAUUUCUGCCCUUGCCUGCUGCUGUUUUUACUGCCUGCCAGGCUGCAGUUCUGCAUAGGUUGCUCUUUUGCAGCCCGGUGCCCUUGCCCAGAACUCGGAGGGGCAUGUCUUGGUCAGCCUGGCAUUGGGACAGGGAGCUGGCAAGUCCAGAAUGGAGGGAGGAGAUGGUGCUCGGCUCUCCAGUGGGAUUAUAUUUAACGUGACUUCAGCGAUUUAAAAAAAACUUGCAUUUUAAUAAACUGGAGUGAAACGCAA